UUGCUGCCGUCUCCUCAACGUCUGGAGGAGCAAGGGGAGGAACUUUGACCAGUUCAUAGCAAAAUAGCGUUUAGCACGUUUACAUUUUUGUAUUUUUUCAUAAUUGGUUGGUUUAUUUCAUAUGAAAAGAGAUGUGGUUUGUUUAUUUAUUAAGCUGGCUGUCGUUGGUGAUACAAAUAUCAUUUGUUACCCUUGCAAUUGCUGCGGGUCUUUAUUACCUGGCAGAAUUAAUAGAGGAAUAUACAGUGGCCACCAGUCGGAUUAUAAAGUACAUGAUCCUGUUCUCCACAGGUGUACUAGUAGGGCUGUAUGUGUUUGAGGGCUUCCCCAUCUUUAUGGUAGGGGUGGGGCUCUUCACCAACCUGGUGUAUUUUGGCCUGCUGCAGACCUUCCCCUACAUCCUGCUUAGCUCACCAAACUUCAUCCUGUCCUGUGUGCUGGUAGUCCUAAAUCAUUAUUUAGCCUUCCAGUACUUUGCAGAGGAAUACUACCCCUUCUCAGAGGUACUGGCGUACUUCACCAUCUGCCUGUGGGUGAUCCCCUUCUCCUUCUUCGUUUCGUUAUCGGCGGGGGAGAACGUGCUGCCCUCUACCAUGCAGCAAGGAGAUGAUGUGGUAUCCAACUAUUUCACCAAGGGCAAGAGGGGCAAGCGCUCUGGAAUCCUCCUCAUCUUCUCUUUCAUCAAAGAGGCUGUGUUGCCCAGCCGACAGAAGAUGUACUGAACCCCUCUGAAAGGGCUGGUAGCGUGUGUGUAUGUGUAUGGUGCCUGGGUGUGUGUGUGUGUGUGUGUGUGUGUGUGUGUCUCUUUGUACAGGUAGGUGGAGGAAUGGGGGGAGGUAGAGGUAGAUCAAAGGGUAAGUUCUGCCACCUGAGAGGCAAAGGCUCUCCCUACUCCCAGGGGCUAAACAGGGUAGACUGUGAUGGACAGCGCCAAACAUGAGGGGAGUGGAGGGGGGUGGGGUGUGUAUGUGCGGAAGGGUCACGGGACAGGGUCAGGAGGUCACAAAGGCGUGGGGGAGUGAAGUCCCUGAAGAACAGUGCGUCCAGACAGACUCUUAGCACAAUGCUGCCAAUUGGCCAUCUUCUGGACUCGCCUCAAUGCCGCGUGACGACUGCUGCCAAACUCGCUCAUCAAGACGAUGCCCACCCCCGUCCACACCUCGGCCAGGCGACACCUACAGUGGACACCCUCGCCCUCCAGCUACAACAAGACUCCAUGUGUCACUUUUAUAUGGCUCGAUUGUUGAAGUUUAUGUGAUUAAUCAGAGAUUGUAUGUAUGUAUGUGUGUGUGUGUGUGUGUGUGUGUGAGAGAAAGAGAUUGAGCGAGCGAGCGAGCAAACAUGCAUGAGAGAGAGAGAAUGUGUAGUUGUUGGAAGUCCUGUGUGUGUGUGUGUGUGUGUGUGUGUGUGUGUGUGAGUGUGAACAAGUGAGAGAGAUUUUGAGUUUGUUUGGAUGCGAUGGUGUUUUGGUGUUAGAGAGAGUGUGUGUGUGUGAGAGAGAGUGAGUUUGAGACUACCUGUGUAUGAUUGUAUCAAUAAGAUUCCUGUGUACAGCUUAUCUUUCAGUCAUCGAGGCCACAUAGGCUACAUUUUUGGUUGUGCUUAUCAUUUUUAAAACUGGCAUAAGUAAAACAAAACAUAACAUGGGAAUGAUUCCUUUUUUCAUUCAUUUCUGGAAGCUUAGAGGUGAUCCGCACUCCACGUUCAUUGUUGUACGUGUCGGUAUGGGAUGGGGCCAUUAUGGUCACACAUGCACAGUAGUGUCUUAUUGAGAGGCACAGUAGUGUCUUAUUGAGAGGCACAGUAGUGUCUUAUUGAGAUGCACAGUAGUGUUUAUGUGAUCGGUUGGUAAUAAAUUGGGAGUUGAACCAUACUAUACUCAAA